AUGCAUGACAUAGGAGAAAAAGCUCAAAGAAUUGAUUCUGCUUGGAGCAGCUCCGCUGCGGCGGUGGGGUGGCAGCUGCAGCGCCGCUAUAGCGGGUAUGUUGUUGUUGUUGUUGUUGGUCCAUUACCGAAAUCUUCUGGUGGACACUUGUACAUCUUGGCUGCAAUCGGUUACUUCUCAAAAUGGGCCGAAGCUAUCGCUUUUAAAAAAGUGAAGAAGGAGAAUGUUGCGAACUUCAUCUACCGCUUUGGCAUUCCUCGUUACAUAAUAAUGGACAAUGGCAAGCCAUUUGAUAACAAAUUGAUGAACAAUAUUUGUGAUCUCUUCAGUUUCAAGCAGCGUAAAUCUUCUAUGUAUCAUGCUGCCGUUAACGGUCUAGCUGAAGUGUUCAAGAAGACUCUGUGUAACUUGUUGAAGAAACAUGUCUCCAAGUCCAAAUGA